AUGCCUGCAGCUGCUUCUCCCAACAAGACCUGGACACCCGCACAUGAUGCUGUGGUCCUCCGCGCCGCUGUCCGCGCCAUCCUCACCAGCCGACCCAACAUUUACUCGGAGCCCGCCCUCGCGGAUCUUGCCUCAAACGGCGGAUCGAGGAUCAACGACAAGAUACGCCAGAUGCUCAAGCGGUUUACGGCGCUCUACCCCGGGUCGGACAUGAUGGUUCGGGAGGAGGUCGAGAAGCUGGGCGCUGCAAAAGGGAGGAAGAGAAAGGCGGCUGAUGAGAGUUCGGGGUCUCCAACAAAGUCGCCGAAGAGAACUCCGGUGAAGGGAGGUGGAAGUAUGGGUCAGAGGGGAGACAAGGGGUGCGGGGCUGGGGUUGCAGAGGCGGAGGUGGAUGAGCAGGAUGUGGCGGAGGAGAGUAGCUAG